AUGAACAUCAACAUUGCAAGAUAUAGCAAAUUGAUCUCCCCGAAGAACACCAGGCACAAUGAGGAGAAAGAGGAGAAGUUGCUUAAGAGAUGUCCUCCCGGCCAUGAGGGUACAAGGUUUGUGGACAUACCCGCCACCAUUCUAGAUGUGUCCGGCACCAUCAUCGCAUGGUACCUCCCAGAUGCCCUGACAGCCGAAACACAGAAUCUAGCGGACCCGGAGGUAUCUGCAUCAUUAAAGGGACCAUUGUCCAAGGGAAUCCUAAAUGCCAUUGCAAGGCCGGCAGCCAUCGCAUCAGCGGCGCUCAGGAUCAUGCAUCCGGAGCAGUACUGGGCAGGGUUACAAACAUUUUCAAGCCUCGGAGAAAAGGCAGAAAGCAAGGAACUGCCAAGAAUGUCCGAGAUCCUGGAGUACUGGGCAUCCUAUGAACCGUCUCUCUUGAUGACACUCCCGAAAUCCAUAGCAGAUGCAUACAAUGACUGUCCAGAGCCUUCCGUGUCUCUUGAUGAGAUUCAAGGUCCGAAAGCCAUAGCAGAUGCAUACAAUAACUGUCCAGAGCCUUCUGUGUCUCUUGAUGACACUCAAGGUCCAAUAUCCAUAGCGGAUGCAUACAAUAACUGUCCAGAGCCUUCCAUGUCUCUUGAUGACACUCGAGGCAAUGCUAAGAAGAACGGUCUGUUGCAAAAGGAACCCUACAAGUCAAAAGGGCACAGAGAAGCCAAGAAAAUUCAUCAAGGCCAGGAGCUCGGUAACUGGUUAAAUGCUGGGAGUCGGGAAUCGGUAAUGGAGAUCCGGAACUCGAAGUUCAAUAUUUGGCAGUCAACAUUCGGCACUCGACGCUCAGACCUCGGAACUCGGUACUCAACGCUCGGACCUCGGAACUCGGUAAUCAACACUCGGACCUCGGAACUCGAUAUUCGGAGCUCGGUAAUCGGGUCUCAGCACUCAGGUGUCGACACUCGGACCUCGGUAGUUAUGUUCCGGGAGUCGGGAAUUGGUAAUGGAGAAUCCGGAACUCGGAUUUCGAUAUUCGGCAGUAAACAUUCGGCACUCGACACUUGGUACCUGACAUUUUGGAACUCGGUAACUUUCGGGAGUCGGGAAUCAGUAAUGGAAAAUCCAGAACUCGGAGUUCGAUAUUCGGAGCUCAGAACCCGGUAUUCGGUGUUUGGUAAUCGGGCCUCGGCACUCGGGUCUCGAUGUUCGGACCUCGAGUUUGAUAUUUGGAGCUCGGAACCUGAUAUUCAGAGCUCGGAACCUGAUAUUCAGAGCUCGGUAAUUGGGUCUCGGCACUCAGGUGUCGAUACUUGGACCUCGGUAGUUACAUUCCGGGAGUCGGGAAUCGGUAAUGGAGAUCUGGAACUUGGAGUUUGA